AUGACACAAACCGAUUCAGUAGACGAUAUCGAUAGUCGAUCGUAUCCAUCAGCUCAGAUUGUUGUUUGUAACUCACGUUUCUUAACACACCCUGACUAUCCUCUUGGAGAGCAUUCGUGUGAAUUUGAAAUAAAUGAAAUGUCAUUGGCUGAAUCGGUGCUGAAGCAGAGACCGUACGUCGUUCGUGAACGAUAUCACGAAAGAAACGAUGCGUAUCAAUCAGCACAAGCAGUCUCCUUAUCAUUGCCUUCAUCGCCGUCAAAAAUGCUCGUGAUAAGUCCCUCAAGCGAACAUCACCAGUCACCAUCGACAAGUCAGCGAACAACAGCAAAUGCUUUGUUGUUAUCAAAUAUGGAU